AUGGCUGCUCCCUCGAAGCAGUCUUCCCGAUGGGGAUCAUUUCUGCAGCAGGCUGUCGCGGGGGUAGAGUCAAGGCUGGAUAAUAUCCUGGCCGAACAGGACGAAAAUGCCCCUCCAGCUAAGAAUCCGGCCUCGACCAAACCUGCGGCUGCUGCUGCAACAAAGUCUGAAGGCCCUUCGCGAUCAGCUUCAGCAAGCAAUAGAACCAACGAUCGAUUACAAGAACGUUUAGCAAGAGCAAUUGCUGCGAAAAAUACAGCGGCACAGAAAGCAGAGAAGGGAGAUGCUUCAGCUCCGCCAUCAGCUACUCCUUCACGGACGGGAAGCCCUGCCACAAUCGCUGAUAGCCCCAGAGCGAGCACAGAUACCGAGCCUGUCACUGAUACGAAUGAUGGCAACGAUGUAUCUAUUGCGAAACCUCAAUCUGACGAGACCCAAACUCUACAAGUUCCCUCCAUAGAAGGCCUAUCCGCUGCGGCACUGCCCGAACCGACGGUCGUUGAGCAGCCAAAAGGGGACAAUCAAGAUAUGAAUGGACUUGCGCCCAAACCUGAGGGAGAAGCAUCCCCACGCCCGUCUGCAGAGUCGACACGGUCGAGUAUGCCUCGAGCAUCUACAGAUUCUACAAGACACACCUCUGGUGCUCGGUCGUCCUCAGACAUACAAACCAACGAUCCUUCUGGCAUAACUCUGCAGUUGAAGAACUCUGAGGAUUAUGAUGUCCUUAAACAACUACAGUCCGAUUUCGAAAAAUCGGAAUUACAACGGCAGGAGGAGGUGCACGGGUAUAUCGAGCGCAUUGAUGCACUACAGUCUAAAUUGCAGUAUCUGGCGAAAGAGAGUACGGAUGCAGCUCGGAAUGCAAGCGGCGCAGCACCCGCGGGUAGCUUAGAGAAGAGAUUAGCGGAUAAAGAGGAGCAGAUUGGAUUGUUGAUGGAGGAGGGCCAAAAGUUGUCGAAAAAGGAGCUCAAUCACUUAGCCACGAUUAAGAAGCUGCGGGCAAAGGUACAAGAAGAUGGCAAGGAGCUUGCUGAGGCUACUAAAAAACAAGAGAAAGCUGUAGCGGAUGCUACCUUGGCUAUGGACCGUUUGAAGCGGGCCCAGAAUAAAGAAAAGCGACUCGUCGAGAAGGAGAAGCAGGUUGCUCAAUUACAGCAAGAUAUUGAUUCCCUGAAGUCCGAUAGAGACGCGAAGGACUCCACUAUAACUGAACUCAAACGCCAGCUAGAUGAGGCCGCCACCCAGGAGAAGGAGGCCGAAGCCAAGCUCGUCCAUGAGUCAUUGGAGGCUGAAAAAAAACGGGUUUCAGACCUUGAGGAGGAGCUGUCGAAUCUUAAAAUCGAAAAGGAUCUCGUAUCUGACAGGGCUCAGGCGCAGCUAAAACAAUUGCGGGAGAAAAUGGAGAAGGAUUCCGAGCAUACACGAAUGGCAGAGUUAGAAAUGAAGACGGAACAACAGAUGCUAGAAAGCAAGUUGGAAGUCAUGAGAGCAAGAGCGGAAGAGGUCUCAUCAGGGACGGGGGGUGAUGCUCAGGCGAAAUUAUUACGCCAGAUUGAGACUCUACAAACCCAGUAUGCGGUAGCAAGUGAUAAUUGGCAAGGUAUUGAGGCCUCCCUGAUAGCACGGGCGACGAAUCUUGAGAAAGAAAGGGAUGAAGCUGCGCGGAGAGAGGCUGAUAUCCGGAAGAAAGCUCGCGCAGUGACCUUAAAAGCCAAACUCAACGAGGACGAGCUUGAAGCAUCGAAAUCCACGAUGCCUAUUCUCCAGCAAGAGCUUGUUGACCACAAGUCUAAACUUGAUACUUUGCAACAGCGGGUGGCUGUAGCUGAAUCAACUUUGGCCGAAGCCCGAGCUACAUUUGAGCGCGAAAAGCAAUCGUGGCAAGCAGAGUUGUUGCGGCGCGUUGAAGAGGAAAGGGCUAAGUGGCAAGAGGAGGCGGGGUCCCCUGGCCAUCUCCGUGCAGAGUCCCCUGUGACAUCGACAAGGAGGGGUCUCACGACUGAAUUCUUAGGACUCCAAAAUCUGCAACUACGGCGAGCCUCCGCACGUUCUGUAAAUAGUGACGCACCCGCUGUGGAAGGCAUCUUAGCUCGCCGUCUUUCAUCUCAACCUCCUGGUCCAAUUUCAGGCCAUGGAACACCAACAAGACAAGAUUCCACUCAAUCCUUCAAAGGAAACGGGGAGGUACCUGACGCACCGUCUAUCUUUACAGACCAAGAUGAUUUCUUCGAGAACAAUGUGUCUGUCGCCUCUCCGCAUCAAACCAUUAACGACAUGGUUUCUGUUUCCACCGCUGGAGCUGGCCCAUCUGUCCAGCUUAUGGAAAGAAUGAGCUCGGCUGUCCGGCGGCUUGAAAGCGAAAAAGCCGCCACUAAGGACGACAUCACAAGACUCUCUGCCCAGCGUGAUGAGGCGAGGGCUGAGAUAGUAUCUCUUAUGCGAGAACUGCAGGUUAAAAGGGAUGCAGAUAAGAGAGUUGCUGAACUUGAGGACCAAGUGAAGGAUAUCAACUCGAGAUACGAAACAACUCUGGAAAUGUUAGGGGAGAAGAGUGAGCUUGUGGACGAGCUUAAGAGCGAUAUCGAUGAUAUUAAGGCUAUGUAUAGAGAGUUGGUUGAGAGGACUAUUAAAUGA